AUGAAUGCGUCACUAAACUUCUCCGCCUUGGACCUUGAUUCCGGCACGUCCAGUGGUGCUGACUCACAAAGAAUCAUGCAACAUUACCACCGCUCAGUCAAGGUGAGCAUCAUCAUUGUUUUGGGAGUGAUGAUCACUUUGGGGAACAUUGCCGUCCUCCUGGUUAUCACGUCCUCUGUGGCCGGCUGGUCGAGGAGCUCCCGGUACUUCCUGCUUUCCCUCACAGCUGCAGACUCCGCCUUCGGGUUACUGGUCAUGCCACUGAACCUGUGGGUGAGUCUGGUCAAGGACUACACAGACGGGCCUGACUGGCUGUGUCACAUGGUGGCCUUCUGCAAUGCCACAGUGUACUCUACCUGCAUGUACACACUGGCCGCCAUCAGCCUGGAGAGGUACAUAGCUGUGCUCUACCCCCUCAAGUACUCCUCCUUAAUGACCAGAAAGAGGACGCUGCUCCUUAUUGCCUUCUCCUGGUGCUUCCCACCAUGCCUCCUGGUGCCAAUAUCCUUCCCAGAUGGCAUAAUCCAGGUCCACUUCUCCACCGCAUCGCUGGUCUGCAAUCCGUCCUACUCCACCAAUGUGGCCUACUCUCUAAGCCUGACCUGUGUCAUUUUCUUCCCAUGCUCCAUUGUCAUGAUGUACGCCAACAUCAGGGUGUGGUACGCCGCCAAGACACAGAGACGCAAAAUGCGGCAGUUUGAGCGUGUUUGCCGCAGGAGACACAACAUGGCCUCCAGGGUGCUGGUGCCUGUCAUGGCCGCUUACUUCAUCUGCUGGACACCAUGCAUGGCAGCCAUGAUCUACAAUGCGCUCUCUGGAAGCACUGUGCCAGAGUGGAUAGAAUUUGUGGUGGUGUGGCUGCCAACGUCCAAUGGUUUCCUGAACUGCAUCUUCUACUUCUGGAUCAACAAAAGCUUCCGUCGUAAAUUCUACCUCGUCAUGGAGAGGCUGGCACGAGGCCUCUGCCCGGCACUGGUCAACACUCUGGGUUGCUGCAGCCCUUCAAAGACUCCAUUUGUGUCAGGAAUGCUGAAUAACAACAACAACAGUGUCCAUGAGCGGUCAUCCAGUGUUUCUUCCACCUGCACACUGAUGACACUGGCCUAGCAGCUCUUCACCUGAAGAGCGCCACAGGCUUAGGAGAGUGCUUUUAUAUGACUGAAGCCACUUCACUGGUUAAUGCAUAGAAAGGGGACAUGCGCUAUGGGUCACCAAGUUGCUUUGCAAAUGGUUCGAUGCCCGGACUAGGCUAGGAUGACAAGUGCAUGAAAUAAUUGCAGAUAUCCACUGUAUAAUACAUAAUUCUGAUUGCAUUUAGUUUUUGUUUUGCUUCCUUUUAUUUCCUUUUUAUCAACUUGUGUUCUGUUUGUCAUGGAUUUUUUUGUUUGUUUGUUUUUGUUUUACCCCCUGCACACAGUGUUGCAAAGAUUAAGUGCACUGUCAGUGAACAUCUCUUAAACCACCUUUUAGUAGUUUUAGAGUAAUGCCCCAGCCUAGCCUGUACCCUACAUAUGCAAACUUUAUUUUACACACUGCUAUAAACUCGGUUUUUAAUAAUAUCACAUUCUUGAAUGUUUAUUAUCGUCAAUUCACUUGACUAAAAACCAGUUAAUCCCAAAUAAGCUGUUUGGACAUUUCUGUGAGCCAUAUGUGAAAGGAUCUUUGCCAUCCACCUGUUCCUCAUUUUUAAAACUGAGAGUGCAUGGAAAACCUUGGCGUAUAACAGCUGGGAGAAGUUAACCUUUAAGUCACGCCAUUUGAGCAUAUGUAAUGAGAAAAGUAAUUAAGCAGUGACAUCGUAGAAAGGUCAACACGGGUCUGCUGCCAGAAGAUAACUUGGGUAACUUCUAAGGUUGUUUGUUUUGCUGUGACACUCCUCAUCUGUCUAUCUAAUGUGUGCCAGAGAGGGAAUAACAUC